AUGGUUAUGAAGACUACGUACCUCUAUCCCUCCACCUACACGAACACAUUUCCCUCCUCAGAAAAUGACCAAACGGGGUCUUACCUAAACGCCUUGUCCCGUGCAAAAGGCAAUGCUCCCGCACUGGCCGCUCUUUGGAUCGCCUGCGGCGCCGAAGCAGAAGCUCUCGGCUAUCGCGCAGAUGGUAAUCACCAAAACGGCAUAGAUGCUUAUUUCUUGAGGCUGCAGCUCACCCGCAUCCUCGGUCAACUGGUCGCAGCAGCGAUGGAAGCCGGUAAGGACGACAAUUGGAUCCAAGAGCGCUUUGCUUGGGAGAUGUGGCCCGAGAGUCGCAUCGCCGAGUAUAAUCGCGGUUGUGUUGCUUCGUCUAUCUAUGAGAACACUUAUGGGAGGCCGGAGUAUGGACACUUCUAG